AUGAAAGAAGCUUAUGGUCACAAUGCACCAUCAUACGACGUAGUCAAGCACUGGCAUCGCCAGUUCAAAUGUGGUUGGACAUCUGUGGAAACUGCUUCUAUCUCUGGACGACCACAUUCCACCAUUGAUGACGACACCAUCCAAAAAGUGGAAACCGCCAUUUUAGAGGAUCACUGCAUAGCUAUUCGGCAACUAGCGCAAGAAGUGAAGAUAAGUGUAUGGUCCGUGGAAAAAGUCAUUCACGACCAUUUGCACAUGCAGAAGUUGUCUGCACAAUGGAUUCCCCGGAUGCUCACACCUUUUCAAGAGCAGAAACGAGUCAAUUGCUUUCAGGCUCAUACGGCAAUGUGCCAAGAAAACGACGAGGACUUUUUCGGCAGACUUAUCCCACAGGAUGAAACAUGGGUCCAUCACUAUGAUCCUGAGACUCGAGUCCAGUCGAAGCAAUGGAAGCAUGUUAACUUACCACAUCCAAAGAAGAUUGUUUCGAAAAAUAUUCGACUCAAUCGUAAUCUCCGUGAUCCAGAUUACAUUUCCAGUAUGCCUAAAGCUACGAAGUUUUCCGAAAUUGAGCAAGGGAAAUUCUUGCACUGA